AUGUCUGCCAGUCUCAAGCCCGACCAUCCUGGCCACCGCGUGCCCCGCACGCGCGGUGCUACUGCGAUGCACUUCAAAAGCGCAACUACUGGUGUGGCUACCAAGGCCAUGCGCAACGAGUUGAACCGGUUGGUUCAGAGCAUCCCGGAUCCCGAGACCAAGAAGGCCUUCGACGUCGAGAUGCAGUCCUUCUUCGAUCUCUUUGCUCGUUAUCUUGCCGACAAGGCGAAGAGCCAAGAACUCGACUGGGACCGCGUCAAGUCGCCAGGCUCCGACCAGAUCGUCGCCUACGACACUCUCACGGAACCGAAGGACAACUCGGUUCUCAACAAGCUCGCCGUUCUCAAGGUCAAUGGUGGUCUUGGAACCUCUAUGGGCAUGACGGGCGCCAAAUCGGCACUGGAGGUCAAGGACGAUAUGACCUUCCUCGACUUGACUGUCCGCCAGAUCGAGCACCUCAACACCUCCAAGCGCGUUGACGUACCCCUGAUCCUCAUGACCUCGUUCAACACGCAUGAAGACACGCUUCGUAUCAUCAGGAAGUACGCCAACCAGCAGCUCCGCAUCACGACCUUCAACCAAUCACGCUACCCGCGCAUUCACAAGGAGACCCUCCUGCCUGUUCCGAAGUCGGCGGACUCUGAUAAGCGCGAGUGGUACCCUCCUGGCCACGGCGACAUCUUCAACGCUCUCCUCCACUCUGGCGUCCUCGAUCAGCUUCUCGCUGAGGGCAAGGAGUACUUGUUCGUCUCGAACUCGGACAACCUCGGUGCUGUCGUCGACGAGAAGAUCCUCCAGCACAUGAUCGAAUCUCAAUCAGAGUACAUCAUGGAGGUCACCGACAAGACCAAGGCCGACGUGAAGGGUGGUACUCUCAUCGACUACGAGGGCAGUGUUCGUCUUCUCGAGGUCGCGCAGGUGCCCGGGGAGCACAUGGAGGACUUCAAGUCGGUUCGCAAGUUCAAGAUCUUUAACACGAAUAACAUCUGGCUCGACCUCCGCGCUGUCAAACGCGUCAUGGAGACGGAGGGUAUGGAGCUUGAGAUCAUUGUCAACCCGAAGAGCAUGGAUGACGGCACACCUGUCCUCCAGCUCGAGACAGCUGUCGGCGCGGCGAUCAAGCACUUCAAGAACGGUCACGGUGUCAACGUCCCCCGGUCGCGCUUCUUGCCCGUCAAGUCUUGUUCAGAUCUCCUACUUAUCAAGUCCGACAUCUACUCGCUCGAGCAUGGCCAACUCGUCAUCAACCCGUCACGCAUGUUCGAGACAACGCCGGUGAUCAAGCUCGGCGACCACUUCAAGAAGAUCCAGCAGUUCCAGAAGCGGUUCAAGAAGAUCCCCAAGAUCCUCGAACUCGACCACUUGACCGUCACCGGCGACGUCUACUUUGGCAAGAACGUUACGUUGCGUGGCACCGUUAUCGUCGUCGCGAACGAGGGUCAGCGCAUCGACAUUCCCGACGGUUGCGUCCUCGAGAACCGCUUGUUGUCUGGUAACCUCACCAUGACGGAGCUAUGA